CAAUCAAAAGGAAAAAACAAAAAACACAUUGAAGUGUGAAAUUUGUGUCAUGGAAUCUGAUGUUAUCAAACAAUAAAUUUCUUCAAUAGUCAAAAAAUGGCGCACUUAUUAGCACUCUACUUUGGUUUGCAGGCAAUUAAUAGCUUGAAGAAUGUCGAUUCAACUGCUUUGCUUCAGUUUCUUCACCCAAUUCUGAACAUGCUUCUCCAUCUUAUAGGAAAUGGUGGAGAAACCCUUCAGGUUGCAGCAUUCAGAGCCAUGGUUAACAUCUUGACUCGGUAUGUUGUUUGGUUAUUGCAUUGAUUGAAACUUGCUAGGAUUUGUCAUUCAUCAUCAUUAGAACAUAGAGACACAUGAGUUUAUGGAGGAUAAACAGGUUUGAUCAUU